CACUCUACUGGGUGGAUGGCUGGGAAGGGGCAGAUCACAGCCUGGGACUUCCUUCCCCGAGGUUCGGGAAUUGUCACCCGGCGGCCUCUCAUUCUGCAGCUCAUCUUCUCAAAAACAGAAUAUGCUGAAUUUUUGCACUGCAAGUCCAAAAAGUUUACAGACUUUGAUGAAGUCCGACAGGAGAUUGAAGCGGAGACCGACAGGGUCACGGGGACCAACAAAGGCAUCUCCCCAGUGCCCAUCAACUUGCGGGUCUACUCACCGCACGUGUUGAACUUGACCCUCAUAGACCUCCCAGGCAUCACCAAGGUACCUGUGGGGGACCAACCCCCAGACAUCGAGUACCAAAUCAAGGACAUGAUCCUGCAGUUCAUCAGCCGGGAGAGCAGCCUCAUCCUAGCCGUGACCCCUGCCAACAUGGACCUGGCCAACUCAGAUGCCCUCAAGAUGGCCAAGGAGGUCGACCCACAAGGCCUGCGGACCAUUGGUGUCAUCACCAAGCUUGACCUGAUGGACGAGGGCACCGAUGCCAGGGAUGUCCUAGAGAACAAGCUGCUCCCGUUGAGAAGAGGCUACAUUGGUGUGGUGAACCGAAGCCAGAAGGACAUCGAGGGCAAGAAAGACAUUCGUGCGGCACUGGCGGCCGAGAGGAAGUUCUUUCUCUCUCACCCCGCCUACCGGCACAUGGCUGAUCGCAUGGGCACCCCACACCUGCAGAAGACUCUGAAUCAGCAACUGACCAACCACAUCCGGGAGUCACUGCCGACCUUGCGCAGCAAGCUGCAGAGCCAGUUGCUGUCCCUGGAGAAGGAGGUGGAGGAAUACAAGAACUUCCGGCCCGACGACCCCACACGUAAAACCAAAGCCCUGUUGCAGAUGGUCCAGCAAUUUGGGGUGGACUUUGAAAAGCGGAUAGAGGGCUCUGGAGACCAAGUGGACACGCUGGAGCUCUCUGGGGGCGCCCGAAUCAAUCGCAUCUUCCAUGAGCGGUUUCCCUUCGAGCUGGUGAAGAUGGAGUUUGAUGAGAAAGACUUAAGACGGGAGAUCAGCUACGCCAUUAAGAACAUCCAUGGUGUCAGGACGGGGCUCUUCACCCCUGAUAUGGCCUUUGAAGCCAUUGUGAAAAAGCAGAUUGUAAAACUCAAAGAGCCGAGUUUGAAGUGUGUUGAUCUCGUGGUCUCAGAACUGGCCACGGUCAUUAAAAAGUGUGCCGAGAAGCUCAGCUCCUACCCCCGGUUGAGAGAGGAAACAGAGCGAAUUGUCACCACUUACAUCCGAGAACGGGAGGGGAGAACCAAGGACCAGAUUCUUCUUCUCAUCGACAUUGAGCAAUCCUACAUCAACACAAACCACGAGGACUUCAUUGGAUUUGCCAACGCCCAGCAGAGGAGCACACAGCUGAACAAGAAGAGAGCCAUUCCCAACCAGGGGGAGAUCUUGGUGAUCCGCAAGGGCUGGCUGACCAUCAACAACAUCAGCCUCAUGAAGGGCGGCUCCAAGGAGUAUUGGUUUGUGCUGACGGCCGAAUCUCUGUCCUGGUACAAGGAUGAGGAGGAGAAAGAGAAGAAAUACAUGCUGCCUUUGGACAACCUCAAAAUCCGUGACGUAGAGAAGGGCUUCAUGUCCAACAAGCAUGUCUUUGCCAUCUUCAACACGGAGCAGAGGAAUGUCUAUAAGGACCUGCGGCAGAUCGAGCUGGCCUGCGAGUCCCAGGAGGAAGUGGACAGCUGGAAGGCCUCGUUCCUCCGAGCUGGUGUCUACCCUGAGAAGGACCAGGCAGAAAACGAGGAAGGUGGAGUACAGGAGAACACCUUCUCCAUGGACCCGCAGCUAGAGCGCCAGGUGGAGACCAUUCGCAACCUGGUAGACUCCUACGUGGCCAUCAUCAACAAGUCCAUCCGCGACCUCAUGCCAAAGACCAUCAUGCACCUCAUGAUCAACAACACGAAGGCCUUCAUCCACCAUGAGCUGCUGGCCUACCUAUACUCAUCGGCAGACCAGACCAGCCUCAUGGAGGAGUCAGCUGAGCAGGCCCAGCGGCGAGACGACAUGCUGCGCAUGUACCACGCACUGAAGGAAGCGCUCAACAUAAUAGGGGACAUCAGCACCAGCACUGUGUCCACACCUGUGCCUCCACCCGUUGAUGACACCUGGCUCCAGAGCACCAGCAACCACAGCCCCAUUCCGCAGCGGCGACCUGUGUCCAGCGUGCACCCCCCAGGAAGGCCCCCAGCAGUGAGGGGCCCCACUCCAGGGCCUCCCCUGAUGCCUGUGCCGGUGGGGCCAGCAGCCUCCUUCUCAGCGCCUCCCAUCCCAUCCCGGCCCAUACCCCAGAGCGUGUUUGCCAAUAAUGACCCCUUCAUGGCCCCGCCUCAGAUCCCGUCUCGGCCCGCUCGGAUUCCACCCGGCAUCCCCCCUGGAGUGCCCAGCAGAAGACCCCCGGCUGCGCCCAGCCGGCCCACCAUUAUCCGCCCAGCCGAGCCUUCCCUGCUCGACUAGGCUGCAGGGGCAUUUUCUCGAGGGCUCCCUGUGCACCCUCAGUGCAGGAGCUUUGUUGAUCUGGGCCCCUCUGCCGCCCCUGGCCCUCUCAUCCCCAUGCCAGGCCCAGGCUCCCUGAGUCUUUCCUAACCCUGGCCUGGCCGGAGGCGGGCCUGGCCCCUCUCCCCAGCUGGACAUAGCACUGAGGGGCCCUGGAUCCUCAGCAUGGGGGGAACUUGGGUGUUGCACUUUGGGGGAUGAGGCCUGAGGUAGCAGAGGAGGAAACUGGACCCUGAGCACCAUCUUGAACAAGGGAUCCCGGCUGGUAUAACAGGGACUCACCCAGGGGCUUCUCAGGCCUAGAAAGCCUGAGUAGACCAGGCCUUCUGGAAUCUGGGCACCAAAGGCGCCUGUACGCUUAGUCCUUGCUGGGGUGCAAGGAGUGUGUCCACUUCUCAGCAGUGGGAGCUCCUGGUGGCAAGACAGGAGCCGGUCCAGUGCUGCCCGCCCUGCCCACGUUGUACAUAUUCCUUUCUUGGCCGUAUUAACUGCACGGCCCAGCCUUGGCUGCCAGAGGUGCCUUUGCCAGGUCUGGAACCCUCAGCUCCGCUGGCCUCGCUCUCUUCCCCUCCCUCCACCCCCCCUCCUCCUCCUGGGUCCCCAGAGUGGCCUGGGUUGAGGGCUGAGUGGGUUGGGAGGCUUUGGGAGCCCCUUGGCUCCUACCCUGGCCUCCUACAUGGGGCGGGCCCCAGGUGGCCACUCUCUGAGCAGACCUCGUUCACUGUUCGCUCGGGUUGACCACUGUAAGUGCCUGCACUCUGUAUCCUAUUAAUAAACUAAAAUAAAGGGAAGAAGCUUCUGGUG